UUGGAGGUUGCACUCACACUGGCUUCCAGCCCGGCUGGGAGGGCAGCAGCGUGGCCUCGCUCUCGGAGGCCAGCAAGAGUCAAAGUCACAAGAAGGAAAAAGAAGCAAGUCAGAUGUGAUGCUGUGUGGGGCUGGUGGAUAACUGCUCCUCUCCAAAGGAUUUCUUUCCCUCUCAGCUUGGUCCCUGGCUUUUCUCUGCAGCCGGAGGUUUGCAAAUGCUGUUGUUCAGUCUCGGCAGGCAGAGGUUGGCCUCUGGACAACGCUGGGCUCCCUGCUGCCGCCUGAGCCUUCCCGAUGCUUCACUCCAGCUGGUGUUUUGCAUGAAGGUGCAGUGAGGGCCCUGUAAAGGAGGCAUUGCUCAGAGCUCUCUGCUAACGCUGUACCUUUCAAAGGAGAAAAUCCUACACCCUGCCUUUGAGCUUCGAGAAUCAAGGAACAAAACAGCUCAGAAUAAUCCCCCGAGGAGAAAAAGACCUUCUGCCUGACCACUGACACUUGUUCCAGCCAGCGCAGGCAGAGCAGCGUGCAGGGGCCGGCCAUGAGCGAGCAGAGCCACGUCAACAGCCUGUUCCUCAACGAGGACGCAGCCAAGCGGCUCCACGCCGAGGGCCGGGUGCAGCGCCUGCGGCAGGCCGUGCAGAAGCGGGCGGCGCGGGCCAAGAAGAGGAUGAGCAGCAUCACUGCUGACAGCGCCAAGAGCUUCUUCCGCAGAAACGCCUUUGUCCUCUUCACCAUCGCCGCGGUCUUGCUCGGGAUCAUCCUGGCCUUUUCCCUCCGUCCCUACCAGCUGACCUACCGCCAGAUCAAGUACUUCUCCUUCCCAGGAGAGCUGCUGAUGCGCAUGCUCCAGAUGCUGGUUCUUCCUCUCAUUGUCUCUAGCUUAAUUACAGGAAUGGCCUCUCUGGAUGGCAGAGCCUCAGGGAAGAUGGGUAUGCGGGCUGUGGUCUACUACAUGGUGACCACAAUCAUAGCAGUCUUCAUUGGCAUCCUCAUGGUGAUCAUCAUCCACCCAGGCAAAGGAUCUAAGGACAAGCUUCACCGAGAAGGCAGAAUUGAGCAGGUGCAGACCACAGAUGCCUUCAUGGACUUGGUGAGGAACAUGUUCCCACCCAACCUGGUAGAAGCCUGCUUCAAACAGUACAAGACGCAGUACAGCACCAGAGUCUUCACCAGAACCGUCCUUCACAGCAGCAAUCUCACAGCAAGCAUGGCAACCACUCAGCUCCCCGCGCCUGAGAACUCCACCGGCAUCCUGGAGAAUGUCACACAUGCCCUGGGGACCAUCUCCGAGGUGCUGACCUUUGAAGAAGUCAUUCCCAUCCCGGGCUCAGCCAAUGGGGUGAACGCUCUGGGGCUGGUAGUGUUCUCCAUGUGCUUCGGUUUGGUGAUCGGCAGCAUGAAGCAGAAGGGACGGGCCCUGCGGGAGUUCUUUAACUGCCUCAACGAAGCCAUCAUGAGGCUGGUGGCCAUUAUCAUCUGGUACGCCCCAGUUGGGAUCAUGUUUCUAAUUGCUGGCAAAAUCCUGGAGAUGGAUGACCUGGCGGUGAUGGGGGGCCAGCUGGGGAUGUACACCCUCACUGUCAUCGUCGGGCUCCUCAUUCACGCCCUCUGCAUCCUGCCGCUGCUCUACUUCAUCGUCACCCACAGGAACCCCUGGGUAUUCAUUGCAGGGCUUCUGCAGGCCCUCAUCACAGCCCUGGGCACCUCCUCAAGCUCAGCGACUCUGCCCAUCACCUUCAGGUGCCUGGAAGAAAACAACGGCGUGGACAGGCGCAUCACGAGGUUUGUGCUGCCCGUGGGAGCUACCAUUAACAUGGAUGGCACCGCUCUGUACGAGGCCCUCGCUGCCAUCUUCAUUGCACAAGUCAACAACUACGAACUCGACUUUGGGCAGAUCAUCACAAUAAGCAUCACUGCCACGGCAGCCAGCAUCGGUGCUGCAGGCAUUCCCCAGGCUGGGCUGGUGACCAUGGUUAUAGUGCUGACAUCAGUGGGGCUGCCAACUGAAGACAUUACGCUGAUCAUCGCUGUGGACUGGUUCCUAGACCGCCUUAGAACGACCACCAACGUCCUGGGGGACUCUCUGGGUGCUGGCAUUGUGGAGCAUCUCUCCCGGCAGGAGCUGGAUGCGCAGGAAUGUGAACUCGACUAAACAGAGCCAGUUCUUUCAGUAUGCCCUCUCAGAUUAUUUGUCCAACUUCUCAAGAAAGCAUUGAAUUCUACUCCUGAAGAGACUUCUUGUAUAUAUAUAUAUAUAAAGGGCAAACCAAGGGAUGAAUUGGAAGAAAAGGAGAGAUGGUUGGAUUGGACUCUAGCUCAAGUGGGAAUUAAUUCUGGGAAGCCCUACGGCAUGGGUUAUGCAGAGUCAAACUAGUUGAUCAUGAAUGUCCCUUCUCUUCUGGCUUUAUAAUAUAUGCACAUGCUUUCUGGUUUAGAGGUACUGCAAAGGGUCCUUCUGAUUGUUUCCAAAAGCUAUCAGAAAGGAUCCUUAUGGUAACUUAACUAAACUCAGCAGGACUCUAACCUGUUUUCAGUUGCUGUUAGCAGAUACAUAAGCAUAUCACAAAAGGGGCUCUCCAUACUGCACUGCAUUGGCAUCAUCUCGCUUGUUCCCACCAAGCAUGCUGCUCCAAGCCUUGCCAUGUGAUUUCUUACCUUCAACAAAAGAUUAACGAGCACAGAUGAGUAGAUGGCUCCUUUUCCAAUCUUGCAAGCCAGUUUGCUGUGGGGAGUUUCAGAAUUCAGCUGAUAUUUUUUUGCUGUGGUGUCCACCCAUGUUGUGGACCAAUCUAUGAUCAGGAUUAUCCAUUUGUUUACAAUACCCAAACAGUAUUGUCAGGAAUUUGCUUAUAUAUACACAAAUAUAUCUAUAUACAGGUGUGUGUGUGUAUAAAUGGGGUACACGUGCACACGUACAUAUACACACACAAUUAUUCUGCUGCUGAUCCAAGGACAGGCAGUACUGAACCCUCGGUCUGUGAGGUUGCAUACUUAAUUUUGACACUCAGUUUGAUUUGCAAAACUACUAAAACAACAGACACUGCUUUACAUUACAGUAAUGAGUCUUCUAAAGCAAGGUUUAUUUGGAAGGAGCUAAUUGUGCUAAUUGUGAGCUGUGGCUGCUCCCAGUGUGUAUAUCCCAAGGUCUCGAGUCCCCACGCUGUCCAGCUUUGCAAGGAGGCAAGCUUUCAAGUUUUCAGCCAGGAAUACAGAAGUGUUUGUACUCAUUCCAAGCCCAAACUCUGACCUCGUACCAACUCAGCCUUCAGAACUGCGCAACUGAAAAUAUUAAAUCAUUUUAUCAGCUGUCUUUUUAAGUUAUCAGCUAUUUGGGAAUGUAUGCGGUCUUUCCUUUACUGUAGUACUGCUGCUUCUAGUUGCAGAAACACAGCAAGUUUCUUCUCUUGGCAAAUAACUUAUUCCUGAUGACUGGAUGGGCAAUGUUUGGGCUGAAACAGGGAGCUGCCUCAGUGCAUACACCCAUGAGGAGCUCUUGGAUCAGGACACAUCCCUUCAAAGGGAAUUUAAGAGAGAAAAUAUGUGGAAUAGAUUUUCACACCUUGGGCCAUGGAUCACAUUCAUUACAUAGUAUGUGCACGUUCUUUCGGAAGCCGGAUCUGCCCAUGAAAUCUGGAAUCACAAAAUCUUUUGCUCUCCCCAGGGGUGAAGGUGGUAACUGGAAAUCACUGCUGCAGUGGUGGUGGUGUUGUCACAUUUGGGCAGUUUGACUGUAUUAAUUCCCAAGGCCUUUCUUUCCAUGCUGUGAGUUUCAGUGUCAAUAAAGAUAGUUUGCAUAUUUGAAAAAUAAAGGGAAUGUUUUUCCACAGCGCUCU